AUGCGCGGAGGCGGCUAAAUUCAAAACUCAAGCCGUUAGCUUUAGGUUGUAAAUUCGCGCAUAGCCUUAAUGCUAAAUGCAUGAUUAAUAUAAAACGCGUUUAAGAUAGUCAUUAAGUAGUAACACAAAUGUAUUCGCCGUAAAAUAAAGGACUUAGACCACAAGACCAUACGUAGAAAAUGGAACCCUUGGAUCCAGCCAAGAACGUGGAAGGAAGCGGACAUUCCAGACGGCGCAUUUCCUCUAUUUUAAAAGUAACACGGAAAUCAUCAGGGACCUGUGAAUCAGAGCAACAGGAGAAUGAGGUGGAAAGUGCAAAGCCGUUUGAGAAGAGAAACUCAAGAAGAGUCAGUUUUGCUCCUGCCACUGAUGUUCUACUGUUUGCCAAGGAUGUCAAAACUGCCUCACCUACUCGAAAUCCUCUGCAGGAGUUGAUUGCAGCAACUGCUGCAACAACACAAAACAGAGUCCAGAUGGCAGCCACAGAUGAUGGGACCCAACAAAUAAUGGGCAUAGAAAACCUGCUGAGUGCUCCACUACACGGUUCCCAUCAAAGUAAUAUGGUCAGCUGUGACAUUCCGAAUGACUUUGGGGAAAAGACAGUGGUGUUCUCCACAGAAGAUGCAGACAUGGACAUGACCUGCAGCCACACCAUAAACAUUACUGGAGAUGCAGGAACGCUUAAAAUGCAAACGCACCAUGACAUUUUCCACACAUUGGGAGAAAGAAGGGUGGUGUCAGAUGGCGUGUUUGCAGAUGUGUCUCUAAGUCACACUGCAGCUACAUCAAGUUUGCCAGCUAUGCUAUUUAGUGGCCAAAAGAAUGAUUCAAGUCUUGUCACUAACAUCCCUUUUGUCAUUCCUGAUUUUGAAAACAUUCAUACAAGUCUCUCCAAGCCAAGUGGCUUCAGCAGCAGGACCCCUCUAACCGGAUCCUCUUCAGAAGACACAAAAAGUACAGGACAAACCGCUAUAGACAAAGAAAAUCAGAUCCCUACGUUGCUCAGUUGCAGCAGGAACAGAAGCACUUCCUGUCCAGAAGACGAGAGUUUAGGCAUGGCUGUAGCUCCAGGAGUUGUUGAUGAAGAAGAUGAUGAUCCUUUUCAGUGUCUUUUUCCAGCUCAGGACAUGUACGCCCACUCUGACAAAAGAUCAUCAACGGUGACGGAGAAGAAACCAGAGGAAAGUGGUGAACGUUCUGGGUCCAUUGAGCUGAACGGGUCUGCUAGUUUUACCAAACCAAGAGACCUCAGUGGAAAUCCUGAGAUUCCCAGAACUAGACCUGUCACUGUGCUGUUCUCUAAAGCCACGAUCAACACUGAUGGCUUCCCGUUGCAGACACCAGAGGCAGAAGUUGAUAGGAAAGAAUGGGGGCUUGAUAACAGCAAAAGCUGUGGAAUACUGUUUGAUGGAGGCCUAAAAAGCUCUGAAGAAGACUUUAGCAUGGAUUUAACAGAUGUUCACAGAGGUAAAAUCCUAGAGACGAUGGGGUCGAAUGAUCUGUUUGGGGUUGUGUUCCUCUCACAAAGCUCAAACCCUGCAGAAAGGACUCCAGCGCAGGAAGGCGUGGAAACCUCAUUACAGCCAUUUUUGAAGACACAGCCACAAAUACACCAGGUGAAACCUACGAAUGUAAAAGACUACGAAGAGGAAACGCUGAGGCUUUCUGCUGACGACGACUGCAUGGACGUCACAAAAUGCCACACGUUGAAAAUCGACUCUGACGUCGGACUCCAGUUGCACCAAAGUGUGAAUCUUUCUCCAGCCACUAGAGAGCAGACUUUGAGGCUCGCGGCUGAUGACACAGCCAUGGAUUUGACCCAGUGUCUGACUGAGAAUGCUGUCAGUCAUUUAGCAUCAGAUUCAGACUCUUUUGUGGGAAAAGGAGAAGAUAAAACCUGCGAUCCUACACUAAGCAGAUCUUUGUCCUCACACUGCGGGAAUACUGGAUAUAAAAACCUGCAGAUUAACCCCGUCAGAGCUCAGAUGGGGCCAUUUGCUUCACAAUCUGAUGGAUUUGCAGUCUAUCCUAAAGACGACAUAAGCAUGGAUGUGACAGAACUUCAGACAGGAUACAUUCUAGGAGGUCAUGUGACCAUGGAUGUUAAAGAUGUUCAGCGUCUCUCACAAGCAACGCACCCUCAGAGUGUUCAUCCCAAGAUGGAGCUGAUGACAUCACAGCAGCAGAGCGAUACAGACCAUCGACCAUCCAGCUCUAAAGAAACUUUAAUGGGGAUUUCUUUAAAGACAGCACAGAGACUUCAGGCUAAAUUUGCUUCUGAAGAUCCCCUCAGAGAGAAAACAGUGAGGUUCACUGCUGCUGAUGCUGGUAUGGAUGUUACACAGUAUCACACAGUGAACAUCAUCCAUGAUUUACCACCACACUCCAUUUCAAAUGUGGACUUGCCUGCGAACAGAGAGCAAACUGUCAGAUUCACAACAAACGAUGCAACUGGAAGUCACACAGAAAAGGUUUCCACUGAGUUAAAUAAGCAGUCGCACCAGUAUGUCAACCUGCUUCCAGCUGAUGGAGAGAAAACUGUCAGGUUUUCAGCAAAUGAUGCAACUAUGGAUGUUACACAGAGUCACAUGGUAAACAUCAUCCACGAUUUACCGCCACACUCCAUUUCGAAAGUGGACUCGCCUGCAAAUGGAGUGAAAAUGGUGAGGCUGACAACAGACGAUGCAGCAAUGGAUGUGACUAGAAGUCACACAGUAAGCGUUUCAAGUCAUUUAAAUAAACCGUCGCACCAAUAUGUCAACCUUCCACCUGAUGGGGAGAAAACGGUGAGGUUCACUGCUGCUGAUGCUGGUAUGGAUGUUACACAGUAUCACACAGUGAACAUCAUCCAUGAUUUACCACCACACUCCAUUUCAAAUGUGGACUUGCCUGCGAACAGAGAGCAAACUGUCAGAUUCACAACAAACGAUGCAACUGGAAGUCACACAGAAAAGGUUUCCACUGAGUUAAAUAAGCAGUCGCACCAGUAUGUCAACCUGCUUCCAGCUGAUGGAGAGAAAACUGUCAGGUUUUCAGCAAAUGAUGCAACUAUGGAUGUUACACAGAGUCACAUGGUAAACAUCAUCCACGAUUUACCGCCACACUCCAUUUCGAAAGUGGACUCGCCUGCAAAUGGAGUGAAAAUGGUGAGGCUGACAACAGACGAUGCAGCAAUGGAUGUGACUAGAAGUCACACAGUAAGCGUUUCAAGUCAUUUAAAUAAACCGUCGCACCAAUAUGUCAACCUUCCACCUGAUGGGGAGAAAACGGUGAGGUUCACAACAAAUGACGCAUCUAUUGAUGUGACAAGAAGUCACACUGCAAACAUUUCCACCGAUUUAAAUACAUUUCCUCACCAAAAUGUGCACCAGCUGCCUGCUAAUGGAGAAAGGACUGAGAGGUUCACUCCGAAACGAUCAUUAAUGGAUAUGACGAAAAGCCACACAGCCAGUUUUUCUACCACUUUUGAGCCAAAGUUGUAUCAAAAUGUGGAGCUUCAACCUCCAUCUGUAGACGAAACCCAGAGGUUCACAACAGAAGAUGCAUGCAUGGACAUGACCUCGUGCUUCACCGUGAAUAUGACCAGUAAUCUGGCCUCAGAGAUGGUUUCUCUUGACCAAAACAUGAAAUUUCCUCCUGCUGCGGAGAAGACAGACAGCGGGGACUGUGCUCCACUUUCAAACAGGUCUUCAUCAGCACAAGUAGAACAAAAAUAUAAAAGCUCCACGACCCAGGAAGCAGAUGCAACUGAUACACCACUGCCUCAAGAACCUGCUGCCUCGUGUCACUUUCAGCUGAAGACACAGAAAGCUGACACAGACGCUGCAACCGAAUCUCCAAGCGUGGUUUCAGAUGUUGUGGGAAAGCCGGUGAUGGAAACCGUGACCAGUUGUGCAGAAAUCGGUGUAACAGAUAUUUUACAUCAAGAUGUUUUUUCACCACAAGACCACCUUUCUGACCAUUUAGAUGAAAGGGAGUUCUCAGGGAACAAUACAUUUCUGGGAUCCUCCAUCUCUGAGGUAGAAGCUUUCAAUCCCUCAAAUUAUUUGGAUUCAAACAAAAUGGAGACCGCAGAGGAACCUCUGCAAACAACUGAAGCAUUCCCUGAGAAGGCUGAACCCAGUGCUGAAGGCCCAGAUGUUGACACAAAGCGUUCACCUACAUCCAGACGCAUUAGCUUGGCUGAUCUCCGCUCUAAAGUCAGACGUUUGAGCAACAAGAUUAAAGCAGCUGCUGAUGAUGUUGCUGAAGACCCUGGUGCAGCCCCUGUGCCUCCGCCAGACUUGGACAUGGAUAAAACGUCCAGCAGUAAAACCGGACCUUUACCUGUGGUGCAGCCGACGUUCGAAACAAGUUUUGAAACGAAUACAGACGAUGAGCGACCUUUUGCUGCAACUCCUUUCAACUUGAAGAUGCAACAGCUGAUGUCUCAACUCUCGGUGGGACGCUUCAAGCCAAAACUCCCACAAAGAACCAACCCUGACAGGUCAAAGAGGCUGGCUUCUGCAGGAGAAGCUACCAGAACGUUCUCCGUCAGCAUCGCCAGCCGGCUGAGCGACUUGGACAACGUUGACCACAUUAAUGAUGAAGAGCUGGGCAGCUGUGAGGAUCUUUCAGAAAGCCUGGACAUCAGAGAUGCUGAGAAAAGCUUUGAGAAGGAGACCUCUCCCAAAGUGGAUUUGGCGCUUAAGCUUUUAGAUGAACCCGAGGGACUUGUUUCGCCCAUCCAAGGACAAAAGAGACCUCUGGAGGAUGAAGAUGAGGAUGAGAGGAGUCUGAAAGCAUGCCUCGAGCACGUCGGAUUGACGUUUGAGCCCCUUGUUGAACACGACGGUAACACCGCCGCCUCUCAUACGACCACACAGAGCGUCAGUUCCUCCAGCUGCAGCCACACUGACAGCAGAUGCCAAGCUGCGCUUGAAGAUUAUGGCGAUGACGGACUAGGAAAACUCAAAGAUGGCACCAUUACAGUUCAGGAGUUCUUCAAACUCUUCAAAAUUGACUUUGUCAUCCACAAUCCCCGACAGAGCAUCCUUCCUGGCAAACUUUUGUCUGACUCGGAUGUCACGCCGCUGGAUUUGUUAAAAAACAGACACAUCAAUCGUCCCAGACAGGCUGUGUACGAGGCGGACGUUCAGAUCCUCACAGCAAAAGUUGAAGGGUUGAAAGUCCGAACGAAGGAUUUAGACAAGCCUCUGAAGAUCGUUAACGAACAUUUAUGGGAGGAAACGAGGCACUUUUCAGAAAACGAGUUAAAGUCGUUUGGUGCCAAACUCAAGGAGAACAACAACUUCUUCAAAAAAUUAGGCAAAGUCAAGACUCAUGAGAUGAAGGAAGAGCUCUACUCUAAUCUUGUGCGGACCAGUCGGGAGCAGCAGCAGAAAGUGAGAGGAACGAUCGAGGAGGCGGAUAAGACGAUAAAACAUCUGGAUGAGUGCAUUUGUGAGUUAGAAGCAGAAAUUUUUGCGGUUGAGGAAAAAGGUUUUGGAGACAAACCUGGUCUAAAGUCACUGCAGGAAGAGUUGACAAAAGUUAGUGACGCAGUGGCUGACAAAGAGAGACGAAUAUCUGAACUGGAGCUGGAGACGAAGCAGAAUUCAAGUAAACUGGAGCAGAUGAAAGCAGAGAAGAGCAGCCUGCAGAAACACAUCGACAUACUUAACAUGAUGAAUGAAUGGAGGCUGGGAGAGAGGACGAACAAGUCCACAUGUUACACUUUUCUCCACAACACCAUGUUUCUGCAGCUCGAGUACGAACAGCUUGAAAGAAGUGAUGCUGAUGGUGGAUGUGAGAAGAAGAUAACAAACAUCGCCUUCAAAUUCGAACUACACCCUGAGAAGUCACAGCCCCACGCCCGCCUCGUUCACAAACUGGUCUCCCAGUACAUGGAGGGGGAAUCGGGCUGGGUGGAGAAGUACUCGACUAGUCAAGAUGUGCCUAAGCUGCUCCAUGACGUCAGCCUGGUGGUGAGUCGCUGCCGUAUGCUCGGAGAGGAGUUACGUCUGCUGAAGAUGUGGGGAGGUCUUCGCUUCGACAUACUCGACAUCAGCUGCAUGGAUACUCAAGUACGCGUGGUCUUCAGCAGCAUGAAGCGAUGCUCCAAGUUUGAGGUGGUUUUUGACGUCGGUUUGACCGACCAGCUCUGUGUGUUUCAAGUCCAAAGCUUCAAAAAUGUGUUUGGAAGCUCCUCGAUCCAGCAGAUUGAAGACAUAGUGGCUUCGUUGGCUUCGGGGAGGAAGCUGCUGACAAGAAUCAUCAAAAAGAUUCAUGAAACUCUGCUCCAGUGACUGUCUCACUUUCUGUGUUCUAUAGGUGUUUAAAUGUAUUGAUGCAACUUUUUAUGAACUAAAUGAAAGAUGAAAUGAAAUCCAUUUUAAAAAAUAAAAUUUGAAUAAA